AUGAAAACUUCUAAUUUCCCAAUGAAGACUGUUCUAGUAUUUGCAGUAUACUUAAUCAAAUAUUCUCUGGAACUAGAUUAUUCAAAAAUACAGGGGUUUAAUACUAACAUGGAAGAAGCUACACAAUUCCUUCGUGAAUGGGAAAAUGAAGCAGUAGCCUUGUGCAAUAGAGUGGCGAUGGCACAGUGGACAUAUGCAACAAAUAUAACGGAAUAUAAUAAAAAGCAAAUGAUAGAUGAACAAAAAUUGAACUCCAAGUUCAAUAGAGUAUCUUGGAGGAAAGCUUCUGAUUUCAUGUGGACUCGUAUAUCUGAUCCUAUUAUACAAAGACAACUCAAAAUUUUGGCACUGAAAGGCCAAUCGAAUGUACCAGAUUCAAAACUAAAUCAGAUGCAUUCGAUUUUAAAUGAAAUGAAAGAUAUUUAUGCUAAAGCGAAAAUAUGUCCAUUCAAUUAUAGAUUGACAUCGUAUUGUGAACUAAGUCUUGAACCAGAUUUAGUAAGAGUAAUGGCUAACUCAAGAGAUUUUGAAGAGCUAUUGUAUACAUGGCGUUCAUGGAGAGAUAAUAUUGGACAUGAAAUUCGACCCAAAUACAUAAAAUAUAUGGAAUUGGUUAACGAAGCUGCAAUGUCAAUAGGGUUUGAAGACGCGGGUCAACAACAAAUCGCCAUGUAUGAAGAUGCAAAUUUUAAAGCAAAACUUGAAAAUUUAUGGACAGCCAUAGAGCCGAUUUAUAAACAUCUGCACUCUUACGUUCGGCGAAAAUUAGUUUCUCACUAUGGGACACGCAGGGUUCGAGUCGAUGGACCAAUUCCAGCUCAUUUACUAGGUAACAUGUGGGCACAGAACUGGAAAAACAUAAUAGACUUAGUGAUUCCAUUUCCGAAGAAAAGACGUAUUGAUGUUUCCGGUGAAAUGUUACGUCAAGGAUACACGCCUUUAAAGAUGUUCCAAAUUUCUGAAGAAUUUUUCACAUCACUUGGAUUAAAAGCGAUGCCAGUGGAGUUUUGGCAUAAUUCAAUUUUGGAAAAGCCAACAAACAGGCCAGUGUCGUGCAAAGCAUCUGCUUGGGAUUUUUGUGAUAAAUAUGAUUACAGAAUUAAACAAUGCACUGAAGUUUCAAUGGAUGAUCUAUUUUCGACACACCACGAAAUGGCUCAUAUUCAAUAUUAUCUCCAUUAUACAGAUCAGCCAUUGCUGUUUAAAGAAGGAGCGAAUCCCGGUUUUCAUGAAGCUUUGAGUGAUGCAGUUAUUCUUUCUAUUUCCACACCACGACAUUUACAUAGGAUUGGACUAUUGAAUAACAUAACCGACGAUUAUGAAGGUCAAAUAGACUUCCUAAUGGAAAUGGCUUUAGACAAAAUUGCUUAUCUACCUUUUGCCUAUUCAGUUGAUUUGUGGCGAUGGAGCGUUUUUUCCAAAGGCGUACACAACUUAAAUGCUCGAUGGUGGGAUUUAAAAUUAUUGUAUCAAGGAAUCAUUCCACCGAUUGCCAGGGAUGAAAACGAUUUCGAUCCAAGUUCUAAGUAUCAUGUGAUCGCUGAUACUCCUUAUAUAAAAUACUUCAUUAGCAUCAUUCUACAGUUUCAAAUACACGAAGCCUUGUGUACAGCAGCAGGACAUAUUGGUCCAUUACAUACUUGUGACAUAUACCAUUCAAGAGAAGCUGGUCGAAUAUUGAGUGAAAUGAUGUCAAUGGGCUAUUCAAAACCGUGGCCACAAGUUAUUAAAAUCCUUACAGGAGGAAAAACGAGUGAAAUAGAUCCACGGCCUUUGAUUGAAUAUUUUAAACCACUCACACACUGGCUAAUAAAUGAAAAUAAAGUAGAACGAAUAGGAUGGUCUAGAUUAAAUGAAGACAUAGCACUGUUUGAACCCUUAUCGAAGGCUAACAAUUCCUAUUCAGUCAACAAAUACUUAAUUAUAUUUGUUGUUUUUAACAUAUUAAAAAAUGUGUACCAUUAA